UUUUUUUUUUUUUCCUUUAUAUAUACAUACAUAUAUAUAUAACACGUCUUAAAUUCUUCUUUUUAUCUCUCUUUUGCUCUUUUUUUUUUCUUUUAAACAUAUACAUAUACAUAUAUAGAUAAAUAGAUAUAUUAUAGAUAUAUUUAUAUCUAUAUAAUGUUACCUAAUCCAACCAUUAAUAAACGUUUCAAUCAACAUCAUGCUAGAAAUAAAAAUAAUAAAAAUAACAAUAAUAAUGAUUUGAAAUCACUUCGUAAUCAAUUCAAGAAAGCUAUAUUACCUUUAAAAGAAUUAUUUCCUGAAUGGAGUCAAGAUGAUUUAUUAUUUGUUAUGGAUGAAUGUCAAGGUGACUUGGACUUAGCUAUUACUCGAAUUACAGAAGGCUAUGCAAAUCAAUGGGGACAAGUUAAAUCAAAGAAACCAAAACCUCAAUCACAACCACAACCACCUAAUAAAAAGAUGAAUAAUAACAAAGAAAAAGGUAAAAUAAACGAGUAGACGAUAUAAUAAAAGUAAUUUAACCCUUUCUUGUCAAAGAUUCUUCGAAUACUCGUUA